GCGGGGCGGGGGGAGGCGCCGCCGCUCGCGGGGCCGGCGAUGGGCGAUGGACGGAGGAGAUGGCGGGGCAGAAGCGUUUGUUUGGGUUAACGAUGUAUUGGCUCAUUCCCAGAGUGUUGCCAAGGCCAGAUAUGAAUUUCUGUUUGGUGGGUCAGAAACACAGAAACCUUCAGAAACAGGUGGACAAGGAGAUAGCACUCUGCUCCCACAUAACGCUUCCAAUGAAUUUCCAGAAUAUGGCACGAUGGAGCAAGGUGCAGAAGCACUGAGGAGUUCAUCUGAGUUUCUAGCAGAGGCUAUAACAUGCAGUUCAGAAAGGAGGGAGGAUGACCAGUUGCCUACUCUUCUUGCAAGUGGCACUUAUGCAGAUGUGCCAACAUCUUGCAUUGACGCAUCACUGCUACCAUCGAAAGAAGAAACGUUGCCACGUGCUGAUAGACAGACUGGGAUUAUGAAAAUUUCUAAAGAGCUAGAAGCUGCAAAAGUACAGAAGGGAGCAAAUGCUUCUCUUUGUUCAGAGCUGCAAAUGGAAAAAGAAAGGAAUAUUGGCAGCCAAGACAUACAGGCAGCCAGAGAAUUGGUUCCAGCAGGCCAAGAAAAACCCUCAGACAAGCCUCUUCCAUCUGAAGUAAGAGCUGAGGAGAAAUUGUAUUUGAUCAUAGAAAAAGAUCUGGCUACAAUAGUAACUGGAGAAAUGCAGUUAGAGUCCUUCCAAGCCAUCAAUAAUAAAACUGAGGAGGUCCCCAAAGUGAAGGAGACAAGCUGUCACAGACCAUCUGUACCGGCCCUGGAGGCAGACAGCAAAGUUGGGGGCGUUAUCAGUAUUCUGGGGGAGGGAUGGUCAGAUUUUGAGAAGGAAUUUUCAGCGUACAAUCCAGGCGAGAUGCAAACGGGUCCUGGGAGGAGGAUCUCGAAAGAGGCAGCUGUGAGCAAACAUGUAGAAUUUCAAGGGGUGGAGAUUUUAUGGAUACAGAAAGCAGAGGAGCAGAAGGGAGUGAAGCAUUCAGCGCUAGAGGCCAAUGCACACUUACAAAGGGCCGUGUCUGUAGAAAAUAAGUUCUCCAAAGCAUCAAGCCACCCCAUUCCAGCCUCGGUCUCCUCAGAGUUAGUCACUUUGUCUGAGAGUGUUUGGAACGAAGCCCAGGCAGAUUUCAAACCAGGAGUUGGCUCGGAGUCUUUUUCUCAGUUGCUAGCUGAAGGUGGGGAGGAUGAAGUCUUUGGGAAGGAUAAACUUGCAGAAGAAAAGAACCACGUGCUAAACACAGACAGUGAAAGGAUCAUGGAGGAGGAAGAAGCAGCCACGGGAGGAUGUGAAGAUGUCCUUGGACAAAGGCAUGUAGAAGUCUCCAUUGAUGUGUAUAGCUCGCAGUUUGAAAACAUUCUAGACAAUGCUUCUUUAUAUUAUAGUGCGGAAUCCCUGGAGACUUUAUAUUCGGAACCCGAUAGCUACUUUAGUUUUGAAAUGCCACUCACUCCGAUGAUCCAGCAACGUAUCAAGGAAGGCAGUCAGUUCUUAGAAAGAACUUCUGCUUCAGGACAGCAAGAUGUCUGUAAGCUUCCCACAAAUGGUGAGAUCAAGAGUCAAUGCGGAGAGAUCUCCAGUGGACUAAGGGACGUAAGUGACACCCUCUUCAGAAGAGACGUCACAGAGGUUACUCAUUUGGACAGCAAUGCUGGACUGAAAAACUCGCUGUUCGACUCCACCGCUGCCAUGGGUAGCAAGGAGCUCCUGGAGAAAGAUGGCACUGAAAACGGUAGUAAAGAUCUCAGCAAUGGCACCGACAGCAAUUUGGAAGCAGCCAGGAGGCUGGCUAAGCGCCUCUACCAACUGGACCGAUUCAAGCGCUCCGAUGUGGCAAAGCACCUGGGUAAAAACAAUGAGUUCAGCAAACUUGUGGCUGAAGAAUACCUGAAGUUUUUUGAUUUCACGGGUAUGACGCUGGAUCACUCCCUCAGGAGUUUCUUUAAAGCCUUUUCACUUAUUGGAGAAACUCAGGAAAGAGAGAGAGUAUUAAUCCACUUCUCCAACAGAUACUAUCAGUGUAACCCGAACACCGUUUCUACUCAAGAUGGAGUCCAUUGUCUCACCUGUGCAGUGAUGCUGCUGAACACUGACCUACAUGGCCAUAACAUUGGGAAAAAGAUGACCUGCCAAGAAUUCAUUUCCAACCUUCAGGGGAUGAACGAAGGCAAAGAUUUCCCUAGGGGGCUGCUGAAGGCUCUCUACAAUUCGAUCAAGAAUGAGAAGCUUGACUGGGCAAUAGAUGAAGAGGAGAAAAAAAAAUCUCACCCUGAUGGUACUGAUGAGAAGGAUAAUGGACCCCAUUCAAAGACCAUUACUCGGAUCGGCCAUUCCAAUAACCCCUUCCUGGACAUUCCUCAUGACCCCAAUGCUGCUGUGUAUAAAACUGGAUUUCUGGCUCGGAAAAUCCAUGCAGAUAUGGAUGGAAAGAGGACUCCCAGAGGGAAGCGUGGCUGGAAAACCUUCUACGCUGUGCUGAAGGGAACAGUGCUUUACUUGCAAAAGGAUGAAUAUAAACCAGAAAAGGCUUUGUCUGAGGAGGAUCUGAAAAAUGCAGUUAGCGUGCACCAUGCAUUGGCAUCAAAGGCAACAGACUAUGAGAAGAGGCCCAACGUCCUAAAGCUCAAAACAGCUGACUGGAGGGUCCUGCUUUUCCAAGCCCAGAGCCCAGAAGAAAUGCAGGCAUGGAUCAACAAAAUCAAUUGUGUGGCAGCUAUAUUUUCUGCUCCACCGUUUCCAGCUGCUAUUGGCUCUCAGAAGAAGUUCAGUCGUCCACUUCUGCCGGCCACCACAACAAAGUUAUCUCAGGAUGAACAGCUGAAAUCACAUGAAGCUAAGCUGAAGCAAAUCUCUACCGAGCUAGCCGAGCAUCGUUCCUACCCACCAGACAAGAAACUUAAAGGCAAAGAAGUAGAUGACUACAAACUGAAAGACCACUAUCUGGAGUUCGAGAAAAUCCGCUAUGAGAUUUAUGUUGCCCUACUGAAAGAAGGGGGGACAGAGCUGCUGAGUGGAGGAAAUGAUGGGCCAGGACUGAAGAAAUCCCAUUCGAGUCCCUCAUUAAAUCAGGAGUCUCCAGUUACUGUCAAGGUGAAGCGAAACAUCUCCGAGAGGAAGGACUACAGACCAGAAACACCCAGCAUCAAGCAGAAGGUCACUUAGACUGCAUGAGACCGCUGUAGAAACAGCCAUGCAGCAAAAUACCAUUGGUCAAAAAUUUCCUUUGCUAACCUGUCUUUGACAAAAACAAACCAAUGCAUCUGCCUGAAUGGGGUGGUAGUGACAUUUUCUAUUGUAUAUUUUGUUGUUUCUGUACAGAUUGUGGGAGAUGUCUUGACUCCUGAUUUGCUUUGCCUUGUUAAUUUAUCAUCUCGCCAUCGAAGCACCUCUUUUUUUUUUUUAAAGGGGUGGGAGUGGGACUCCCUGAUUUAUUGCACGUCUCCUCCCCUUCUCUCCUCUCUCAUUGGCACGUGACUUUCAUCUCAAGUCACCUGUGACCUUUCUCGUUGCAGUGGGAAACGUAACUGGACAAGCACUGCAGCCUAGUGAGUGUAGCUGCAGUGACGAGAAAUGAAUUGUUGCUCAGUUGCAGAGAUGGAGCUGACCGCUCCCUGCAGGUUAGUUACAUUCUGAUGCUGCGACUGGAGAUCUCCCAAUGAUGUGAAACAUGCUAGUACUUGUGCUGCAGUGAUAGGAGCCGUAUAAACAGAUAAGGUACAGGAUUGUAUUAACUCUGGACCCACACAGACCAAGGGACUAAACAAUGAAAAUCACUGGGAAUGCUGGGCAUACAGAAUUAGAACAGGUUUUUCAAAGUGAAGAUUCUUUGGGGGAGCAGAAGGGGUGCCCAAAGCCAGGUCUCUCUUGAUGAUUGAUCCAGCCAGAAUGAAUUUUAUUUUUCCAUUUCACUAUGCAAUGGGUCGUUGUAGAUGACAACCGCUGGCUGCGUGUUUUAGUAGAAAAGGGAGUCCCAUGUGUUUCUCAACAAUACACUCUCACACCGCUGCCAUAUAGAGUCUUAACAGGCAUUGUUCAUCUGCCGUUUCCCUCCAGAAUUUUGAUUUCCUUUUCAGUAGGUGCAGGUAUUCUGCAGUCUCUCUGAUCUCAAUGGAGGUGUUCUCCUGUUCUCUUCUGAAAGGAAUUCUGUUCAACUAUCCCUUGAAUUUUUCACAAGUAUUUAGAAAGAACAUGUUGGAACAGAAGUCCUGGUGACUCAGAGACUUAAUGGAAUAGAGACUCUUUGGUCUGAAAGCCAGAAUCUGACCCCAUUUCAGUUGCUCUGUCCAUGGCAGUCACACCGAUGUGCCAUAGGGACAGCAAAACCUGUCCCCUGUGGAGUCUUCCUUUAAUAGCAACUCCUGACCUCUAUAUAAGAACAUGGCCUGGGGGGAAAGGGACUUGGCCAGGGUGUCUGUAUACCUCAGCCUUCCCCAGCUGCUGGAAUGGCCCUUUUGGGCUGCAGGCAGCCAGGUGUAACUUAAAGCAGCCCUGAGGUUGCCUUAACUUACGCCAAGGGCCAGGAUCCGGAGAGUGUGAAGGUGACUAAGAGACACCUUUGCUUCUUCCCAGUGCCCGCCCAUCUUGUGCUUAUGCAUUUCAGCUCGUCUGGGGGAUCUAAUCCUUAAUGUGCAAAGACAGCCCAGGUCACUAUAAACUGCAGUAGGUGGCCUCGAAGAAAUGUCUAGAUAGCUCAGGAGCAGAGCUCCUCGCGACAGAGAGUAUACCUGUGGGCAGACUCAGCCGAGAGGCCAACGACAGAUUGGUCAUGGACGUUAAACCAUUCUGGACUACUAAACUACCAGACUACUAGGCAGUAGAGGGAGCAAUCCAGUAAGAUAAGGACCUUGCAGAGAAGCUAAAUGAUUUCUCUAUACCAGCCUCCACCACAAAGGACAACCAUGAGAUACACACCCCAGAGCUCUAGACUGUAAUACCCAUGCUGUGCGAUCGUAGCAUUGAAAGAGGAGGCGGUGCACCAAAUUGAUCAUUUAGGAUGCAGUCACUCACCAGGACCAGAUGGUAUUGAAUCCAAGAGUUCCAGCGUGACUUAUGAAUGGAGUGGCUGGGCUGCUCACAAAAAUUUGUAAUUGGUCAUCGUACUAGAAGUCUAGAGGAUAGCCAGUGCCUGACUUCAUUCUGAAAAUGACCCGGCGUAACUGCGAUUCACGGAGCUGGGAGGAGGGCUGGUCAACGUUUUCCAACGUUUGGAUUUGGUUUUUAAAAAUUACGUUAUGCUUAAAGUUUACCCUGAAGAGAAACUUUCCUGAAUUAGGGCCAAAGUUAUAUGCUUGAGUAGCAUGCUGGGAAGUGUCAUUCACUGUAGACCUGGGCCGGGGUAGUACACAUUGGAAGAAAUCAUUUGAACUACUCAGUGAGGGGCAGUAGAUUAGCCACUCAGGAGAAAGGCCUCGGUAUCCAGCAGCUGUUCAUUGUACAGCAAUAGUACAAAAAAUAAAGGCAGUAAACGAGGGUGAGUGGUACUGAGGCAGAGAGCGAGAGAGCGCUAAUACCGGGACUGCUAAAUGCCAUUGCAUAGCGAGUCCUGCAACCAUUUCACAUCAGUUCCUCACAGUACCAGUACAGCAGAAACAGAAAUGGUCCAGAGAAGUCACAAUUUGAUCCCUGCUCCACUCCCAGGGCAGUGCACCUCUACUCUGGCCUUACUCCAGCUAUCCAUGUACUUGUGUUUACAAAGAGAGUGCAGUGGUUUAAAAGGCAAAGAGGUGACCAUUGCAAAUGUUUGCGUUGGCUUUUAAGAUGUUCUGGCUGCCCCUGGAUUGUGUUUGAAUUGUUGAUCUCCCAGUCACAAGCUGAAGUUCUCCCACACAAUAUCUUUCGCAGUCUACGCAGAUACUGGAUAAUUCAUGCUCACCGCUAGGGAACUCCUUGCAGAUGAGUGAAUUUCAUGCAGUUUGAAAAGUCGGACACAGUGAAUCACGAAAUUCAUUUUAUUUAUUUUGUCAGAUGCAGCUUAGUUUUAAUUAUUUAUUACGCUACUACCGAGCGUACUUGUACAUGGAUUGUGGUAUAUUUUGUAAAACUUAUCCGGUCUUAGUAAAAUGCAAUUUCACUGCAGCUUUCAGCUGUUAAAUAGUCACUGAGCUCCACCUGCUUUUUGGGAGUUCUGCGGUGUGCAGAUUAGUGAUCUGAGAAUUUGUGAGGUUUUAGUAUCAGUUGAAAUUCCCACUGCUGGCCGUGUCACUUUACAGCUGACCUGUGUCGCCGUCUCCUUUGAUGGGUUUUUACUAAACAAGUACAGAGAAAACACAGAGGCAGAUCCUGCUGCCAUUGAAGUAAGUGGCAAAACUCCACAGACCUCACUGAGCGGGAUCAGAGUGCUGGCCAGUAUUGCAGUUUGGUUUGCUUUUAACAUUACAGUGUAGCUGAGAGGGUGGGCCAGAUUCUCAGAAGGUGUAAAUCAGCAUUGAAGAGACUGGAGCUAUGCCAUUUGACCCCCGACCCUUCUCCCCUCCCCCCGAGAAUCUAGCCCGUUACGUGUUGCACAUGAUUUUCAAAGUACCUUGCUUUCAAGCUCCUGGAUAUUUGCUUUUAGCAGAGAAGAUAAAUAUGUGGUUAUACUAUUUAGGUGCCCAAGCCCUUGGCUGCUGUCAAGAAGCAUUGCAGCUCAAGAGGGACAUGGGUGUAAAGGCGACUUUUUAAAGCCACUUUUGUGUUACUUUUGCCUUGGGCCCACUGUAUGUCAGGCCGCUCUUCCGGUGCAAGUUAGAGCAGCCUAAAGGCUGCUGUAAAUUACACUAGCUGCCCAGUACUUCCAAGGGAAAAUACGGCAACCAGGAAUCAUCAGGGAGUAGGGAACCUCCAGACACACAACCUUUUCCCAGCCAUUCCCCCGGUGCUGGCCACAGGGAGGGGAUAUGACAUAGGAGCCACUGUGGUGCCUCCGGCUAUAUCACCCGAGGAUUCCUCCACAGUGAGGUGAUUGUGACGUCCGUGAUCGGUUACCGUGGCUUUAGGGCACUGGCCCAGUACAGGUCUAGACUGGAUCUGAACGGGGGGUCCCCUUCUGAUAACAAGUAGCUCAGAGGGGCUGAGAACGUCAGCAUCCAUGCAGGGUGCUUUGGGUUGUCACUCUGUAGUCAGAACUCUCAUGAUUAACCCUUUGCACUCACCUCCAAGGAGCUACCCUGAUCUGUACAGAGAGGUGCCAUGCUGUGCUCUUUGGGUUUGCUCUCGCUCACCCGAAGGGCAACGUGUAGGGGACUCCCACAUCCUGGGCAUUUCAGCAUGUGCCGUUCCUGUUGCCCUAUGAGGCCUCCACCUCCCCUGCUUUCAUGCAGACUUUUCCCAGGCUUUUCCCCUGCAGAUUCUAAUCCUGGUGCUGUAUCUCAGGCCAGUCUCCCACUGAGGCAUUGGGAUCGCUGCAUGAAGGUGUCAGGAUUGGGCCCGUGGCAGCUCUGCAGCAUGACAGCUCAUUGGGUGCACUCCAGGGGCUGGGGGGGGAGGGGGGGGCACCUGCUGGGUCCUGUCUGCCAGCAGACAGCUGCAAAACUCCCAUGGUCAUGAGGCCCCAGCAGGAUCCUGGGUCUCUUCCCUCCUGCUGAGGCUCCCACCCCUUCUCUUCCGCCAUCCAUCCAACCUGAGAGCAGCUCUUCCCCAUCCACCCCCACACAGGCGGCUGGCCUGGCUCCAGGGAAGGGGAGCUGCCCCACAGCCCCUUGGAGCAGAACUUCCCACCCUCCAGCAUUGGUGGGGGGGGGAGAGGGGGGAACAAGGCCAGAGAAGCAAAACCAGCACCUCCAAAACGGGCAAAAUAUUAUCCCAGAACCCGAAUCCCACAGUCCUUUGCAAAUGGAAAGGAUUCUGGGGUUUGGUGCAUGGGAGGAUUCUGUAGGUCAUGGCUGAGAAUUGUUACCUCAGUUGUUGUCAGUAGGUGGGUAACUCAGUCAACUGAGGAAUAAUGUCACUGAGCUGUUGGGACUAUUGUUUCAUUGAAACUUAGAUUCAAACUAUUUUUCAUUAUUCUUGAUAGUUUGGAAUUUGUUAAAAGAAUUUUCCACAGUGUUUCCUCCUCCUUUGAGCAGUGUCCCUGGGAACGCUCCAUUUGAGGGGCGCAUGUGCCCCAUGCGCCUUCGGGUGGAGAUUUUUGGCAGCAGUGAUCAUAUGGUCCACACAUGCACCCUUGCUAUCCUCAUGCCCUGUGCCAAGGGUAAUAUGGGCUUGUGACAGACGAACCGCUCUUGAUUCCUUCUCGACCACCUGGCCAGAGCGGAGUGUUCGUAGUGCUAGCCGUUCUGGGCUUUUCACUUCAUGCCCUUGUUUGCUGGGUGCGGUGUGUUCAGGUUCAAGAUCACGGAGACACUCUAGAGAGUAAAGGACACGAAGGCCCCUGCUAAACCUCUGGGAUGUUGCACGGGCAUGUUACAGUCAGAAGGGGGAGACGUUUUUCUCUCUAGAGCAGCAGAGACUGUGUUCAUAUUCUGCAGCCUCAUAAUCUGCUUUGGACUUUUGACCGUAGUUAACAUCUCUUGGUUUCUCCUUGUCUCCUACCAUGGUGCACUUGUCUGCCACCUCAGUGCAUCGCUUGCCAGUGGAUGGUUCUGCUGGUCUCUCUCCUUCCAUGGUGAGGCCCCAGGCUGGUGUUGGCAAAGUUGAUGAACUCCCCUGUUGAGCCCUGGGUGGUGUGCUCAUUCUGUCUGCAGUGAAAGGCUGCAUUUUCAAUCACAAUUACAUCUGUGAGGAGGGUGGCUGCGUCCCAGGCUCCGGGGGUUCCUCCUCCUUUCCCUGUACUCCACACACACAAAGCUAUCCUGCGGCCUCAUUCCAGAGUUCGAGCGAAGAAGGUGUUUCCCCUGAAAGACACUUAAUCUCCCAGGUUCUCUUCCCAAAGCCUCACUUACCCAGGGGCACAUACAGCCCAUGCUGUCAAGAGGGCUUGGAGAUUUUAUUUUGUUAGGUAGUUAGAAAGCAGAGAGGCAUUUUGUGACUUUUGGGGAUCAGUGUGAAUGGGAUGCCAUUUCCACUCAGUGCCUGUCUAAGCAGAUACGCCUGUGCCUUGAGACAUAUUAGCCAGGUUAUCCGAACAUGAGCUCUUGGGGCAGUUUUUCUGAGCAUUGAUGACUUGCUUGGCAGUAUUUCCUUCAGAGAAAUCUACCGGGCUGCUGCCUGCAUAAACAUUCACCCAGUGCUACUCUCUCCGCUUGGCAUCUACACAGCAUGCUCGCUGUGGUAGGGCAGUUCUGAAGCCCGGGGGUAACUCUCUGAACAAGCCCUGGGCUCAACUAGGAUUCUUCAGCCCACACUCCUGGACUUGUUCAGCUCUCUUGACGACCCCAAAUGGGAAUAUGAAGAGGCCUAGAGACGAAAAGGAGCUAUUUCCAUGGUAGUUCAUGCUGAACAUUGCUUCUGCCUAUUCACACUCCCUGCCUACCUUCCCUUUUGCCUUGGAGUUCUUGGGGUGUUUGAAAAGACGCUCAAGAAGCCAAAGCUCCUGUUACUAUGCUAAAUCGCCAUUUAUGGCCCAGUGGAAAGGGUACUGCAUUGAGACUCAGGAGACCUGGAGUCCAUCCCUGGCUCUGCUACUGGCCUGCUGAGUGACCUUGGGCAAGUCACUUCACUGCUCGGUGCCUCCAUUUCCUCAUCUGUAAAACAGGGAUAAUGAUACUGGCCCCCUUUGUAAAGCGCUUUGAGAUGUCCAGGUGGAAAGAGCUGUUUAAGAGCUAGGUUUUAUAAUUCCCUGACUCUUUUUUUCUUUUUCCAGCACAAUACAAUGCUUCUUAUUCAAUGCUGUGAGUUAAUAAGAGCAAGGAAAAAUGUGGUAUGGGGAAACCUUGCUUCAUGCAGGCGAAUGAUUCUGACUCCUAUUGCAAAAGACUGAAUGUUGCUCAUUAGCAUGGGAACAAAGAAUGGAAUAAGUAAGGCUCAUACACCAUAAAAUGUAACUUGUUCAUUUAUUUUGUUGACGGCACUGAGGUUUAGCUUUGAUUAUUUAUUAUAACACUCCAUCCAUUAGCAGUAGAUGUGGGUUGGAGCUUUCUGAAGUGCUCAAUGUUGUCCUUUCUCUGCUCCCACUGUCUAUUGGAGCAGGAAUAGGCCAACACUGAGUGAUUGGGAAAAUCCCACCUGUAAAGUUAGUAUAUUUGGUAAAAAUAGUAAAUUAUUAAUAAUCACACACACCCCAUGGCAUCUACUCUUCCAUGUCUACUGAGAGGUGGGUAGAUAGAGAACAACAUUUUAUUUGUAUGGUGAAUAAAGCGUGGGACUUAGCAACAUGAGGAUUAAUUAUGUUCUAAGGGUGUAAUAAAAAGACGAAAAAAAGGGCAGCAUUUUCAUCUUGCCUAAUCCAUUGUUAAUUAGUAGUAGCUCGCUGGAGAUACGCCAGUUUUACUGGUAAUACAAGGGAGAUCCGAACCAGGCCUUUUAUUGGGCAAAUUUCAAAAAAGCAGGCAAGAUGAUCAGUUCCGCAAUGGGCCAAAUGAAAGCCUGGUGUAACUCCACAGCAUUCAGCCAAGUUACAGCAGAGAUUCAUUCAUCUGCUCUGCUGACACCACCUGCUGAAAAAAGGAUGAUGCUUGAAAUCCAGCCUGCGUCACUUUAAAAAUGAGGAAGGACUUUCAAAAGGGCCUAAACACAAAGCUCCAUUGACUUUCAGUCCUAAAUCACUUACACACGUUUGAAAAUCCCACUCAGAGUCCAAUAAACUUCCAAAAAACGAUAGGCUGGAAACUCGACCAGUUUGUAUUUGUGUGGGUUUCGUUGCAAUUAGAACAUCUCACUUAGGGUGGGCUGGUGGCACUGUGUAACUUGACUAAAUCCAGUGUCUUGGAAACAGAACAAGAAUUUCUUGGCAGCUUUUAAGUUUGGGAAAUACUGCUCAUCUCACGAAGUUAAAGUAACUGUCCAGUACCUGUUGAGUGUGUUUAAGCAGUGAGCGUGUGUGAAUGUGUGUGUGGUUCUUAUGCGAUGUAUGGCUUCUGUGAUUAAACACUGCAAAGGUUAUUCUUUUCCGAUGCUUCAUUUUUGUCCGGACACUUUAACAGCUAUAAACAGCAGGGCGUUGGUUGUUUUAGCCAGUUAAACGGUUAUUAAAUGCUUUUGCAGGUUUAGCGUUUUUCUUAAUCCAGCCUUGCCGUGGUAUGUUCUGCAGAAGCUGCUGGGUGCUCAGGACAUUUGAAAAUAAAGUAAUUUAUUUAGGAGCAUAGAGAGCAAUUAUGGGGCGGGAAUUUAAAAAGCUCCCGACAUUGGGCUCACUGCUCCUGUUGGUGUCAUCCAUUGCCUUCAAUGGGAGCAUCACUGAGCACUUUCGCAAAUACCUCCCUCGGAGCCUAAUUUAAGGCUCCCAUUGUUUAAAGAAAUCUUGGCCGAGUUCUGUGAAUAAUCCACGUGGGGGAACAUUUUCAAAAAUGCCUAAGUCACUUGGGUGCCUAAAUAUCAUUAGACUUCUAGGUGACUUAGGUGCUUUUGAACAUGUUACCCUGGGCUGUUAUAGUUUUGCAAGCGUGGUGAGGAUUUACUGUAACAAUCGCAGAGAGAUGUGUAAGAAUCCGUGUGGUUGAUAAGUUACAAAGAGUGGCAGGGGGAAGUGUCAGCUGUGGGCCUUUCAAGAGCCACUGGCUGUCUGUAAUGGAGCAGUGCUGAAGUUCUCUCCAGCCCUUCUCCACUGGAAUAAAUCCCGCUGCUCUGACCCUGGGGGCAGGCCCUAGGUAAGGUCUAUGCUGGCUCUCCCCACCAGGAGUAAAUUUCUCCAUAGAGAGGCCCUACUUCACAUCCGCGGUCGAAGAGCCAGAGCUAUGCAGACCUGAUCAAGGCCCCAAAUCAUGAAAGCAUUUCAGCAUGUGCUUAAGUGCCACCGAUGUCCGUGGGACUUGAUCACGUGCUUUCCCGACUAGAGCUGCUGUCCUGAAUCAGGGUCUUUGCUGUUUUCUAACGGUACCGUAGGAUGCCCUUGGAUUUCCUAUUCUAGUCUAUGUGACAGGUACUAGAAUGAUAAUUCCUGGUAAAUGAAGGCACUUACAGAAUGUCCUGUCUCCCUGGGGGAAGGACUCGUGGAUAUUGUUACAUCGUUUAAAUAAUAUUUUGAAAUAAAGUUUAUAUUGCUUUGUUUUUCCUUCGAGGUGACUGUAUAUAAAUAUCUCCCUCUCUUUGAGCAUUGCUGGAGUAAGCAGACAAAUAAUUUGCCUCUGAUGUAUUGAAACUGUGAGAUAUAGUUCUCUCUUGUGUACACGUUCAUGAUUAUAACUCUUGUUCCUCUGUGUUUUAUAAGGCAGGAUAAUGUUGCUUUAGAGUAACUACGAGUCUGCAGCCUUCUGAAUGAUUUUUAUGUGAUUGAAAUCGAGCAAAGCAGUGAAGGAUUUCACACAUGUAUAUGAUAUAUGUAUAUGUACAAACUUUAGAAAGAAAUAAACCAAAUGUAUUUCA